CUGAGAAGGAUGACUUGUGCUUGUGACAAGGAAGGGGAUGCAUUCCUGGAAUUCCCCAGCUCAAGAACUAUUUCCAAUCAAUUUCCUGGUAGUUAAAACACUUCCUUGGCACCCUUGUUGUCAUCUGUUGAAGAAAUGUGGGCCAGAGGAAACACCAGAGAUGCUGGAAUCGGGUGUCUAGAAAGGACACAAAACUGACUUGUGGCAAUGACAUAAUUUUUGUCAACUUUAGUUUCUUAUCUAUCUCAAAGUAUAGUGAGAAUUCCAGGAGAGACACCCAGAGGAUCAUGUGGUGGGCCUUAGAUUUCAUUCAUUUGUGUAAUGAGUAUUGAGCAACUGCUGUUGGGUGGCGUGACUGAUGGUUGGAUGAAUAAGGUGAAGAUCUGGACGCCAGGACUGGCUUUCUCAUGCAAUUCCGUGAUCGGGGGCGGGUCGCGAGAUAGGUGCCACGUGCAGCUACCCGAGAUUCUGCACCUACCCGGGAUUUUGACUGCCGUCCACGCGAGUUUGGCACGCCGGAUGUGACGUCACCGCCCCGUGGUUCCCCGGAGCCUGGCGGUGGAACCGGAAAUCAAGUCUACAAGGGGGCACAGAUGACCGGAAGCGUGCCCGGGCGGCGCUGCCAGCCCCGGCUAGGAGCUGGUAGGGGAGUGCGAGGAAGGCGGGGACGCAAGGCGGAGCCGGUGCAGGGGCGGGGCCUGCGGGCAGGCGCCGGGGGUUGGGGCGGGAACCCCUCGUCCCCUCUAGACCCCGCCUGCUCGGGCGCGGGCGGCGGCGCGGCCAUGAAGCUGAAGCUGAAGAACGUGUUUCUCGCCUACUUCCUGGUGUCGAUCGCUGGCCUCCUCUACGCGCUGGUACAGCUCGCCAAGGGAAUGGAUCGAACCCUGCCCCUUAUGCAAAGAUUUAGGGACAGUGCCACUGCGUUAUCCUCAGGCCAGCCAUGUGACUGCCUUCCUCCCCUGCGGGCAGCAGCCGAGCAGCUACGGCAGAAGGAUCUGAGGAUUUCGCAGCUGCAAGCGGAACUCCGACGGCCACCCCCUGCCCCUGCCCAGCCCCCUGAACCCGAGGCCCUGCCUACUAUCUAUGUUGUUACCCCCACCUAUGCCAGGUAUGGGCUCUGGUACACCCAAGAGGUCUGCAUUGUCCAAUAAGUUGGAGUUGAUGAUGAGGAGUUUGGGGAGGCACUGGGCUAGGAGUUGUUCCUCAAACUAGGGCAUGCCAAAGAGAGGAUAAAUGAACCACAUCUAUACUAAAAUAUCUGUGGGAAAAUAGUUCAUUUUCAGGCCGGGCGCGGUGGCUCAAGCCUGUAAUCCCAGCACUUAGGGAGGCCAAGGCGGGUGGGUCACCUGAGGUCCAGAGUUCGAGAUCAGCCUGGCCAACAUGGCAAA